UCUUCUUGCACCCUUUUCCAACCUCUCCUAGGGCUUCCGACCCCCAGUAUGGCCGUGGAGCAUUCAAGAUCUUGUCGGUUUUGUGCAGCCGGCGUCGAUGACAUGUUUUACGAGGCAGGAGUGGGAGAGACAGCUGAAAGAACAAGCUCGUGAUCAAAUACCUCGUGGCGACAGCUGCGCUCGGAUAUUUGUUGCAAACCUGCACCUUUACUUUCAUCUAGAUAAUGUCCGAUAUACAUUCCGGAUAGAGCUGGGAAUGAGUCCAUCGAGAUAGUGACAAGGGUAUAUGGAGCCGACCCAAACCUGAGUUUACCGACCAGUGAUCUGCACAGCUAGUGGAUCAGAUGAUGGUGAUUUAAGCUGGAAAACCCUGAAUAUUUUGGAAAGCAACAUAAGAAUGCCUGCAAAUAUCAAUUUGCAAAUUGUAGUGUGAGUCAAAAAGUGGUAUUCAUGAUUAUAAAAGCAGAGACUAGCAGCAAGGAAGACAAUUUGAUUGGAUUGUCAUUCAAAACAUAGUCUUGAUGGUUCAUAGCAUGGCUGUUCAGCCAUACAAGUGUGAUGCCAAUGAUAUGAGGGUUCAAAAUCAUUUGCAAUGCUUCCAUAUACAUUGCUAAAUGCACUAGUCUUUUGAUAUUUGUGCCAUGAGUAGGUCCAAAGCCUAGCGGCCUGCUGAAGAUGUGAUAUGGCCUCAAUACCAGCUGGAUAAGAAGGCUGCCUUUCCACACAUCAACAACAUGGCAGCAGCCACACCUGAGAUGGUUCAUAGCAUGGCUGUUCAGCCAUACAACUAAGCACCAUGCAAAUAAUAUGAGAGUUGAAAAUCAUUUGUAAUCUUUCCAUAUAGAUAGCUAAAUGCUAUAGUCUUUUGUUGACAUCACCAAUGUUUGUGCCAUGAGUAGGUCCAAAUCCUAGCAACCUGCUGAAGAUGCUGAUAUGGCCUCAACGCAAGCUGGAUAAGAAGGCUGCUUUUCCGCACAUCAACAACUCGACAGCAGCCACACUUGGAGACCCAUACGUUCCGUGGUUUUAAUCAGGUUUAUUUCAGUGGUUCUUUCUCUCGAGAUACCAAAGGAAACAAUGCUGCAGUCACUUAGUGAAGUAGCUUUGGCACUCCAGGUUUACAACUAUGGAUAUGCAUCUGGGGAAAUUUGGAGGGCGUGCUACUUGCCGGCAUCGAUUUAAUCACAGUCGGUGCCACACAGGGCCAGAAGAUGUGAAAAGCAAAUGAUGCCGUCAAAGAGCUGCACAUGCAAAAGACUUGGUCCAGCCACAACUUUCGCAAAUCUCCACAUGCACGAGACUAAAUGUCUGGCAAAGGCGAAGCGCAGACUCUCUCAACCAAUCCCGGCCGAGCUUCGAUGCCUACCUAACGCCGUCCUCUCCAACCGUUCCGAUAAGGGUCUGCUGAGAAUCUUACAUUGCUUGUAAACCAAGUUGAUCUCUGGUAAGCCUCCCUAUAAAUCCCGUCGCAGGAAAGAAACAGUAGGCACAAGAAUCAAUGGCGUCUUCUUCCGCCUCUUACUGGCUCACAGCUUCCUUGGCCUUCAUCCUCACCCUCCAGCUCCUCCUCCUCCGCGAGUCCCAGGCUCAACUGAGCUCCACAUUCUACGACAGCUCGUGCCCCAACGUGUCGUCGAUCGUGCUCGACCAGGUUCAGCAGGCUCAGAAGUCCGACACUCGGAUCCUCGCCAGCCUCACUCGACUCUUCUUCCACGACUGCUUCGUAAACGGUUGUGAUGGAUCCAUUCUGCUGGACAACAGCUCUACCAUAGUGACCGAGAAGGACGCCGUUCCAAAUAAUAACUCUGCGCGGGGGUUCGACGUGGUCGACAACAUCAAAGCUGCAGUGGAGAAUAGUUGCUCAGGCAUCGUCUCCUGCGCCGAUAUCUUAGCUCUCGCAGCUGAAGUUUCUGUGAACUUGUCAGGAGGACCCAAAUGGAGCGUGCUACUGGGAAGGAGGGACGGAACCACCGCCAACAUCACCGCUGCAAACAACCUGCCGGGCCCCCGCGACAACCUGACCACGCUGCAACAAAAGUUCAACGAUGUCGGCCUCAAUGACACCGAUCUGGUUGCUUUGUCGGGCGGUCACACCUUCGGCCGCGCGCAGUGCCGCUCCUUCAGCAACCGGCUCUACAACUUCAGCGACAACAGCACCGCCGACCCGUCGCUCAACUCCACCUACUUGGCCACCCUACAGAACAACUGCCCGCAGGGAGGAAACGGCAGCACUCUGAAUAAUCUCGACCUGACCACGCCGGACACCUUCGACAACAAGUACUACACCAACCUGCAGACCAAAGAGGGGCUCUUACAGUCCGACCAGGAGCUCUACGGCACCGGCGCCUCCACCGCCUCCAUCGUCGACCAAUUCGCGGCCAACCAGACCGUCUUCUUCGAGAGCUUCAUCGCGGCGAUGAUCAACAUGGGGAAUAUUAGUCCGCUGACGGGCAGCAAUGGAGAGAUCAGGAGCGACUGUAAGAAGGUCAAUGGCGCAUCCGAGCGGUAUACGAUCAGGAUGGCUGUGAAAGAUCUCUCGAGUGCUAAAGCUUGAACGUAGAAGCGUGGGAAGUUGCUUGGGAAAGUGGAUCUUUGCUUCGAGUACAAGUGGAGGAGGAAGAACUCUUCCUUCUUCCUCCUCCAGUUUGUAGUGAAUCAAGAACUAUAAUAUGCACCAUCUACCUGGGAUUUUUCUUCCUCCUCCAGUUUGUAGUGAAUCAAGAACUAUAAUAUGCACCAUCUACCUGGGAUUUUUCUUCCUCCUCCAGUUUGUAGUGAAUCAAGAACUAUAAUAUGCACCAUCUACCUGGGAUUUCUCACUA